ACAGUUAUUCACGCCUUCAGUGAUGAAAAGCCAGCACGUUCUAUUAUUGGCAACCACCGCCUGGACGGUCGAAGUGGUAGUGCUACAUCUGUGUCCCAUAAUGAAAUCCACCCAGCAAUAUCGAAACCUAAGAUCGGAACGGAUAAUAAGCUUUUAAAUUAUGAAUCUUCCGCUAGUACAGCUGUAACUUCCAUGAACAAUUUUGAGUUGGGAGGGUUAAUUCUACACGUAGGGAAGGCAGUUAUUGGAGGACCUCUUAGCGAAGGAAUGAAAGCUAUUGAUAAGUUACCUCCUCUUCCUGCAGGAGCUACUCCACCUCCACCUAUUGUAACAUCACCUUCUGUUUCCGCUGCAGCGGCAGCAGUUAAAGCGCAAAAUGCGGCAGCAAAAAUUGCGGCAGAUCUCGCAGCAAGAGGUCAAACCGCAGUAGAAUCAGUUGCACAAGAAGAGAAUAUGAGUAUCAGUGCCAGUCAACGUUAUGCAAUUAUGCAGAAAUUAGCGAGACAAGAGUCGUCUCCAGUGGUGGUUAUAAAAAAUGCGGUUUCACCUUCUGAAGUUGAUGAUACUUUAGAAGACGAAUUCAAAGAAGAAUGUGGCAAUUAUGGUAGCGUUGAAAAGGUGGUAGUUCAUAUUGAUUCCGAAGAAAUUUUUGAAAGUGAACGAGGGUUGGUUAAAAUUUUCGUACAAUUCGAAGAUGAAAGUGCUGCUGAAAAAGCCAAAGAUAAAUUAGAUGGUCGUUGGUUUGGUGGACGUCGUAUAAAUGCAUCUCUAUUUGACCUUAAAAAAUUCCAAACAGGCGACUAUUCUAAUUGA